CGGUGUGACGCUUUAAUCGCAAACCGUAAGAGAUAUUGCAGUGCCUUCAACAUCAAUAUAAACAACAGUUCCGCUGUGGAACAGCUGCGGAAUAAUAUUUUCUCAACUGAUUUGGCUCAUUAUAAACAGGUACACUGGAAUAUUCAGAGACCCUCUCGGACAUGUCAUAUGUCUUCAUCAAUGACACGUCACAGACGAGCGUGCCAUUACUUCAGGCUUGCAUUGAUGGAGACCUAGCGUUCGCCAGACGGCUCCUGGAGACAGGCUGUGAUCCUAACAUCCGUGACAACCGAGGUCGCACCGGCCUUCACCUAGCAGCAGCACGUGGCAAUGUGGAGAUCUGUCGCUUCCUGCACAAAUUUGGCGCAGAUCUGCUAGCCACCGAUUAUCAGGGAAACACGGCGCUGCAUCUGUGUGGACAUGUUGACACCAUUCAGUUCCUUGUCUCCAAUGGCCUCAAGAUAGACAUCUGUAAUCAUAAUGGCUCGACUCCUCUGGUGCUGGCCAAGCGGCGAGGUGUGAAUAAAGAUGCCAUUCGGCUGCUGGAGGGUCUGGAGGAGCAGGAGGUGAAGGGCUUCAAUAGAGGCACUCAUUCCAAACUAGAGACCAUGCAGAUGGCCGAGAGUGAGAGUGCAAUGGAGAGCCACUCACUGCUGAACCCCAACCUGCAGAACAGUGAGGGUGUACUGUCCAGUUUUCGCUCCACCUGGCAGGAGUUUGUGGAGGAUCUAGGUUUCUGGAGGGUUCUCCUGCUGUUAGUGAUCAUCGCCCUGCUCUCUCUGGGCAUUGCUUACUAUGUGAGUGGGGUACUUCCCUUCUCUGCCAGCCAGCUGGAGCUGGUCCACUGAAAACCACAAAUGCACUCGGUUUCAAAUCUAGUCCAAGAAAAGCUGUGUUUAUACGAUUUAUCAAAUUUCUUCAUAUGAAUUAGCUCAUAAGUUACUCUUCUCUGGAUAAUGCUGUGUGGAACUAAAAUUAAGGCACGCAUAGCUUGACAGGCUACUGUUUUUAAGAGAGUCUUAAAAGUAUUUAAAGCAUGUGGGGGGAAGUCUUUGAGACAGGAAUUGUUUUGAUUAUGGUGUGUUGUGAACAGUGUUUAAAAAUCUUACAGAAUGAAGCUGUACUUUGAAUUAAUGUACAUUUUUAAUUUCUUUAUGAUUUCUUAGAAAUUCAUGACAAGCUUCAGGAGAGUACAUUUGGCUUUGCUUUCCAGAGUAUAGAUUGAGCUGUUUUUCACCAGAAUCAGCCAAGUUAUAUAUGAGGCAGGAGAAGUUGUGUAAAUUUAAUGCUUUUGACUCAGUGCAAUUUAUUUAAUUUAUUAUGAUGUUAAUUCUCUAGUUUGUCUUUCAAGCCAUGCGUGCUUUAUUACUUUUUCUAAUGUGUUGACACAUGUAGAUGAUCAGAAUGUAGUUAGGACAGUACAAAUAGGUUUUUACUUUUAAUAUUUCAUCUUGUCAUUAACUUGGACUUGAUACCUGUUACUGGCUUGACCACUUUCUGUUGUAUGUCAGUAUGUUGUGAUUGUUAUAUGAAACUUUGUAACCAAUUAUUGAACCAUUGUUCAACUUUCUUGUCCGUGUGUAAAAUGUGGAACAUGCGUGAUCUAUGAAAAAGGGCAAGGAAAAUACUAAUCAUUGAUAUUUUAUGGCUUAAGGGCACUUAAGAUCACAGGUGGCUACUUUUUAAAAAAUGGUUGUAAAUUAGUGCAGCAUGUUGUUGUAGGAUGCUGUCAUUUCCAUUGUGUCUGUGCAAGUGUCUCAUUUUUUUUCCCCUCAUUUGAAAUGUUUUUUUUCCCAAUCAUCCCGAAUAACUCUGCAUCAAUUUUCAGUAAUGUCUACCACAAACCUCAAUAUUUUAAGAACGCAAAACCAAAUGUGGCAUCUUUCCCAUAUACUGUUGAUUAUAAUGACGAUGACGACGAUAAGUAUUAUUAUUAUUAUUAUUAUUAUUAUUAUUAUUAUUAUUAUUAAUAAUAAUAAUAAUAAUAAUAAUAAUAAUAUUACUGUAUUGCUACAGCAGCAGGUGACCAAGUUUAAAUUGAAUGAUGUUUAAUUGAAGGCUCUUUACAGUUGUUUUGGACGUUGCUUAUUGUUUACUUAUCCUUUUGGAUAUUUUGUAAAUAUUUCAAAUGUGUUUUAACAGCACUCACUGUUAUUUACUGUUGGAAGCUUUUGUUUCCUGAUGAUGAACUAUUAAAUUACAAAUAAUAUGCA